CGUGGUUGGUCCCGCCCCCUUGCCCCCGUCCUUGCCUGUGAUUGGUGUGCUCGGCGCAAGGGGCGUGCGCUUAGGGCGAAGUGUGCGCGCAGCGGUCGCGGGCAUACCCGGGUGACCUGUGUCCGCGUCCACCCACUUGCCGUGGGCGCUCCGUGUCACCGCCAUGGCGGCUCCGCUUCUGCUGCGACAAGGACGCACUGGGUCGCUGAAGACGCUGCUGCUGGAAGCCCAGGCCCUCCGAGGACUGGCCACGGAAUCGGGCAAGAGUGACAAGGGCCUGCCACCAAACCCCAAGAAGCAGAGUCCACCAAAAAAUGUAGAGGCGUCCGAGGCCAGGGCCCCACUGCUGACCAGGCGCACCGCGGCUGUGCAGCCCACGAGCGGCCCUCCGCACAGCUCUCUCCCGGCAGCUGGCAGCGCCAGCACUCCCCUCACAGGCCACAGGGCCCAGAGGUUCCUGCCCAAAAAGACAGUGGUCGAGUUUCCUCAGAAAGCUCCAUUUGUGUUCAGAAAGCCGGGUGCUAAGUCAGAGGCGACUCAGAAGGGCCGGAAUGGGGCGCCCAGUUCCUCCUCCUCCUCCUCCUCGUCCAGCUCCUCCGACUCCGAGUCUGACGAUGAAGGUGACCGCCCAGAAGCGGGGCCUGACGUGAGAAACAAAGGCCAUGGUGGCUCCCUGAAACCCAGGAGCUCCCCGGGGGAGGAAGCUGGGGCUCAGAAGCCGCACACAGGGGUUGCCCGCCCAUCGCAGCCGAAGGGGAGCCCCGCCAAGCCGUCAGAGGUCUCCAGAGAGGCCCGGCCCGGCGCCACAAGGCCCACACCGCGGGUGGAGGCUGAGGUGAAGCAAAGCGUGACGGGAAGACAGCCAUGGAAGGCGGCCACCUCGGCUGAGGGCAACCCAGGAAGCCACGCCCAAGUCUCUGCUGAUGGCCCAGAGUCAGGAUCCUCUGCCCCGGCGACAGGGGAGGCAGGAGUGAGGGCUCCACUGCCGGCUGCGCCCUCCACGGCCCCUGGGAUGAGGAGAGAGCCCGAUGGCCUGUGGGGGACGGCGGCCAUGAGUGAGAGUGUGGCAGCAGAGGAGCCCCAGAGGGACGCGCCCAGCCUCCCUGCAGAAAAGGAAGAUGUGUCCAUGGCACCAGCAGUGGCGCUGCAGCCCCAGGAAGAGAGCAGGGCACUGGAGCAGCCUGCCAUGCAGGAGCCCGCCCCAGCGCCCGCCGAGCCGUCCGACAUCAGCACCUACAAGAACCUGCAGCACCACGACUACAGCACCUACACCUUCCUGGACCUCAACCUGGAUCUGUCCAAGUUCAGAAUGCCACAGCCGUCCUCAGGCCGCGCGUCACCCCGCCACUGAGCAGGGUGCCUGCCCGCCAGAAUAAAGCCUGCUCAGGUCCUGGA